GUCUCUGCGGAGGUUUCACGUUUGAACGUCUCUCGAACGAACACAGACGAUUUCCACGGAAAAGCGCAAUGUGAAAGCCAAAAAAGACUAGAAAUAGCCUGGCGUGACGUCCCACACAGACGACAGACAGCAGAACGAUUAGCACCGUCAGUAGCGGACUAUAGCGAACCGAGAGAGGAUCUUACGAUAACCGAUCUAACUGAUCUUCAAGUGUUUAGCCUAAGAAGUGUUACGAAAAUGCCAACAUUCCAUUGCUAAAACCAUUGUUAAAACAAAAAAAAAAUAUAAAUAAAAUAACAAACGGGAGAACAUAGAUUCAUCAGGUGGUUGUGUCAAACGCGAGUGUCUCAAGUGCCCAAACCCAAGGAUGUGUCUCUGAAAACCCCCAGACGCCCGUUCAUCGAGCUGUGUGAAAUCCCGAGUAGUAUCUGCAGCACCACCGGGUGGUUUUAGUGGUUCGCGGGGACCAUGCCGGUCAUUGCCGACGCCGCCAGCGAUGAGCCACCAGCAAAAUGUUGCAAACAUUGUGAGGUGCAAAGAAUCCCCCUAGUUAACAAAGAGUCGACGCAAAGCGUGGACGGCGGACCUGCAUCGUGGCGUUUAACGCUCGAUCAGGAUCUCAUUGACACGCUAAAGGGCAACUUUCCCAGCUGGUUCCAGGGCUCAGCCGGCGGAGGAGGAGCGGCCAGCAAGCAGCAUCCCCACCAGCAUCCGCAGCAGCAGCACAAUCACCAGCAGGCCCAGCAGAAGCAUCACCAACUGGUGGCCACCAGUGUCAUACCCAUAACCAUUGACACCAAGCUAGCCGCCAGCAAUACAAAUACACUCCAGCAACAUCAGCAGCAGGCGGUCAUCCUGGGCCACAGCUCGUCGUCGGCCUCGCCCGCCUCGUCCGUCAGUUCCAACUCCUCGAAGAAGUCCAUCAGCAGCAGCCUGAGCAGCUGCAGCAGCAGCAGUAGCAACAGCAGCAGCAGCUGCCACUCCAACUCCAGUUCCGGUGGUGGUUCCAAGGGAGCCGGUGCAGCGACGGCGAGCAGGUUCCUCAACAAAUCCACCUCGACGUCGCCCACCAAGAGCCUCUCGAGGACUCUGAAGGCCACCCAGAAGACGAGCGGCAACCAGAAGGUGGGCCAGCUGGUCAAGUCCGCCUCCCUGCACAGCCUGAGCAGCGGCAGUAGCGGCAGCAGCAGCGGAAACAGCGCCAGCGGCAGCUCCUCGCUGCUGGCCACCAUCUCCACAUCGCCGCUGACCACCGUCGAGCUCAUCUCAAGCGCUGCCUGCAGUGGCCUCCUGGCCACCAGGCUCAGCGGCAAGGCCUUGCACACCUUUCAGGACAUCAUACUGCUGCACGAGGCCUACGACGACAUGUCGGAGGGUGAGCAGCGUUUGCAUGCCACGUUUCUGGGGAGCAGCGAUGAUGGUAACAACUCAGAUUGUUACGAUGCCAGACAGUCGCCGCCAAAGGCAAUCGUGGAUUCCAGUCCUCUGCAACCGGCCAUGGACAAGAACAAAGAAUCGCUGAAAGUGAAGCUCAUGGUGCGACGUCCACAUUCGCAACUCGUCGAGCAGGGCAUCAUACCAUCUCUGAAAACCUCGCCCGCUAUCCACGAACAAUGCAAGCAACUGGAGCGCGCCAAGACCAGCGAUCUGCUGAAGGCCAAGAUCCAGCAGCGGCCGAAUCGCGAAGAUCUGGAGAGGCUACACAUUCUGGAGGAGGACGAGUGCCACAUCGAUCCCAGUUUGGCGGAGAAGCAGCGCAUGCUGAAGAAGGCUCGCCUGGCGGACCAACUCAACUCGCAGAUCCAACAUCGUCCUGGUCCAUUGGAGCUCAUCAAGAAGAACAUCCUGCACACGGAGAAGCCGAUCGAGAAGAUCGUCAAGGAAGGACUCGUUUCCUUCAAGGCCACCAGCGAGGGUUUGCUCACCAGGCCCCAGCAUCCGCACAGUUAUGUGACCUUCGAUGAGGACUCGCUGAGCUCGGAGAGUGAUACGCGGCAGACGCCACCGCGUUUGGAUGAGGCGAUGGCAGUCUCCACCGGUUCACCCACCGACGUGCUGCAGGCGGCGGCUGCCUCUGCGGGAAUUGUGACCAUGGCAUUGACCAUGCCCACAGCUGGUCAACUGGUGGUUACCUCGCCGCAGAUUCUUCCGCAGCAACCGAAGGCUGUGGUGGUGCCAGCGCCAGUGCCACCACCUCCGCCGCCGCCACCACCGCUGCCCGUGACCAGUGUCAUCAAGGUGAAGCAGGAAACGGCCAAUCUGUUCGAGGAACUGUGCCAGAGCGUGACGGGAGCCACAGCGAGUCCGAUGAACCACCAGUACCUGCCCAUGCUGGCAUCGCCCUGCUCCAUGGCCUCGAGUACUUCCACGCUGAGUCCCCUGUCUUCCAUCGCCUCACCGCCACCACCGCCGAUAACCACCACACGUCUGCACCUGCAGCCCGUGUCCGUGAAGUCCGAUGCUCCCGGAAAGGAUAAGAACAGGAAGAAAUCCAAGUCCAAGCCAGUGUCCAAGGCGCGAACUAUUAAAUUCCACGAGUACAAGGGGCCACCCAGUGCCGCUGGCCAGAAGCAGGAUCAAACGCAGCCGGAGGAGACCUCCUACCAGCUGAUGUUGGAGCAGCAGAACUGCCUGCUGAAGUUCCUGGAGAACCUCAACAAGAAUCAGUCCAUCAUCCCAGCGCCCAGUGCGCCGGGUGUUAUGAUUCCCUCAGCUCCUGGUGCGACCAACAAUAGCAUUACGGUGACCACGAAGACGGUGCCAGCACUGGCCUCUCAAUCUGCUCCAGCUCCAGCUCCCAUCAGUCUGCCCAAUACCAUUUCCAUAACGAGCAGCUCGGGAGGAGCCCCACUGAAUUUCGGGGAUGCCGCUAUGUUGACGCCCACGCCGGCGGCCACACCCACGCCACCCACUCUAUCGCUGAUUGCUGCACCGCAGCAACAAGUGCAGAUGCACCAGCAACAACACCAGCUGCAUCAACCAACUGCAGUGCAACAUCCGCCACCCUUGCCCUCGCCGGCGCUUUCGGUUAGCUCCUCGAUUCCGCCCAGUCCGGCCACCAGUUAUGCCGAAUCAACCACCAGUUCCAUUACGGAUUUGACCCGGCUGGAGAAGAUGAAGGUGUCGGACCUGAAGCAGCAUCUAAAGCGCAGGAAUUUACCAGUCUCGGGACCCAAGCCGCAUCUUAUUGAGCGGCUGAAACCGUAUCUCCCGUUGGAGGCACUCGACAGCAAUGUGGCACCAACUCCUGCCUCCCAGAGCAGCAACACCACCACCGAAGUGAUCACCAUCAGCGAUGCCAUGGAUACCAGCAACUGCGGGUUGGUGGACCAACCCGCACCAGUGACCAUGUUGGUCUCCGAUGCGGGCAUGGAGCACGAGCAGAUGGAUGUUGUGCAGCAACAGCUGGAUAACACGCAUCCUAUGGCGUUGCAGACCAUUCUGCCACCUCAACCACAGACGGCUACCAUAAUUCUGACCAACGAGGAACUGCUUAGGGAGCAACAGCGCAAGAUUGACGAGUUGCAGAGGCAAUUGCAGCGAUCGCAACAGGAGCUGCAAAAGAUACGCCAGCGGCAACAGCAGCAGCAGCAUCAACAGCAGACGGUCACAGCCCAGGUGGUGAAUGCACUGCCCUCGCAGAUUACGCUGAUCACCACGACUUCGAAUGGGCCGCAGCAGACGCUGACUGUAAUGCCGCAGCAGGUGGAAAAGAGUAUACCAGCCAAGGUGACGGUCAAAGCUAGUGGGUCCAGCAAUAGCCAUAAGGUGAAUGGUUUGCAGCAGCAGGGAUCAGCAGCCAAGAAGCCAGCCAGCGGCAACUCUAACAGCAAUAGCAACACCUCCUCAUCGAAUCCACCUCCCAUCAACCAGAAAAUGGUGGUCAAGCAGCAGCUGGAGGCCAAAAUCCAGAAGCAAAAGGCAGCGGCAGCUGCUGCCGCACAGCAACAGCAGCAGCAACAACAGCAGCAACAACAGCAGCAGCAGGCACUGCAGCAACAGCAACAACAACAGCAGCAACAGCAACAGGUGCGCCUGCUCACGCAAAAGACACAAACUGUACUCAUUCCAUUCAACAACAACAAUCACAUAAAUAACGCUCCUGCCAAGACAACAACCAAGAAAUCCAAUGUGCCCGGCAGCAAUACGAAUACAACCACCACAACCAUAUUGCAGGCAGCCAAGCCGACGGCAGUGACUACGGCAACAGCACCGCCAGCCACGCAGCAUCACAACAACUUGGGCCUGUUAUGGAACGAGGGCAAUCAGACCAUAUUCCUGGUGGGUCUGAACGAUCAGCACAUGACGGCGCACACGCUGGGCAACAUCAGCCUUACGACCACCACCACAACAGCACCGCCAGCGGCAACAGUAACUCCGGUUGCAGCAUCUGCCACAGCUCCGCCCAAGAAGCUACUGAAUGGCCACCAACGCACAAACUCCCUGCCCAGCAUUGUUUUCCCCAUCGAAACCAAGUCCAUUAUCACACAGCAGCAGUUGCAACAGCUCCAGCAGCAGCAAUUCCAGCCUGUCCAACAGCAACAGCAGCAGCAACUCAUCCAGGUGGAUAUCAAGCCCUCGCCAGCACCACCACCGCAGUAUGAGGAGGCCACCAAGCAACUGGCGGCCAGCAAGGCGGCAGCUCUAAAUGGCCUCCUGCCGCUGGUGAAGAUUAAAGAGGAGCCCGUGCAAUCGCCCGUUCCGGCUGCAGCUCCUCUGACACCAACGGCUCCUGUAAGCAAACGGAAGUCGGCGGGCAUCAAGUCCGAACAGGUCAGCGAUGUUCUGGACAUACUAAUCAAGCAGGGCGAACUGCCGGAAAGUGCCGCCCUGGAGCCCAUUACACCGCUUACCCCGCUGCCCGAGUUAUCCAUGUUUAAUGGGGCCACGCCCACCACGGCGGCGGGUGGAGCCAGCAUAGUGCCAUUGGUACCCAAGCUGGAGGCGCCCGCCACGCCUGUCCAAAACCUCGACAUGGCCAUGGACACGAAUGAAGCGCACGUGAACUUCGCCACCGCUCAGCCCACGAAUCAUGGUUUCAUCGAGAACAUAGACAUGGACUCGCCCCUGCAGGCGGAUGCAAGCGUUAUCGAUGCCGAGAGUGUGGCCAAGACCUUGGACAUUUUCCUGGAACAGCACCAUGCCACUCCCCCGCCGAGCACACCGCCCAAGAGUUGUCACAGCGGCAGCGAGAAGCCCAACAGUCCGGAUGCCAAGCUCAAUCACUUUGAUGAGUACGAGUUGCUGGAGCUCAUGUCGCAGCAGCUGGAGAUGGACAUGGGAGACGACUCCAGUGGCUAUUGUCACACCUCGGCGGCCAAGAAUGGCAACAACAACGGCAACCUGCGACGCGAUCUCAAUCCCAGCCUGCAGCCGUCCAUCAAUGAGCUGCUGGAUGCCAGCAGUCCGGACGGCGUGCUGCUAAACAACAAUCCGGGUGCCGAUGUGGACUUCGAUGCGGAUAGCUUUGUGGCCCAGCUGAGUCAGCAUGUCACCGGCAAUGGCAACAGUCCGGGGGCCAAUUGCAAUGGAUCCAUGGAAUCCUCGUCGUCGGCGGUGAAUGGCCACUUUAGCAGCCACGGCACUCCAAUGGAUUGCGAUGAUUUCGAGAGCACACUCAACUCUUUCAUGCAGGCGGUGACCCAACCGCAGGCGGGCCAACACGGCGAAUACGCGACGUCGACGAGCAUGGCCAAUGGAACAGGUGGAGGAAUGGGCGUGGACAACAGCGGCGGUGGAGCCGUGGACGCCUUCAAUGCCAGCGGCGAUAUUUUCGAUCUGUUCAACAUGGACGACUACAAGAUGAACUGGGCGGCGGGAGAUUUUACGGUCUAGGUGGUUUAUGUUUUCAUAAAACCCCCAAAAAGGCAGAGCAGAAUUUUGAAAAACACAUCUAUAUAUUAUCCCAACUUUGUUCCGUAUCAAAAAAGAAAACAACAAACAAACACACAAUCCAGCGUGGUGCUCACUUUUCUAAAAAUAUUCCUGAAGAAUUCGUUUCGAAGAAAGCAAACACACACAAAAUAAAACAAAACAAAUCCUAUUUAUUUUCUAAAUGCAUUUAAAACAUUUGAACGUCAGUUGAAAUUUCGAAACUUUACUAUUUCCAAGAAAAACAAAAAACAAUGCCAAAAUUGCCGGGAGUAACACUCCAAAAACCAUACUUUUGCACCCUUUCCUAUAUAAGCAAGAAAAACAAAAACCACAAAAAACAGCCAAAACAUUUAGAAAAGGAUAACAAGUAAAACUUAUCAUAAACUAUCAUUAAAACGUAAGCCUAUAAAAUGUUGUAAAGAUCGAUAAAGAGAGAAAAGAAAAACAAAAGUACAUGUUUCUAAUGAAGGUCAUUCCAAUUUGAGAAUAAUGCGAGUGAAAUCUAACUAACAAAACCGAAUGGAAGAAUGAAUGAGUUGAGUCCAGGAUGAGGAUCAGUCUCUGCAGAAAAGAAAGGAGAGAAAGCGGCAAAGGAAAAGAGAAAAUAAGUUUAACAAAAAAUCUUUGAAAAUCGUAAAAAAAAUUAUAUUCUUGUUGUGAGAACGACUUAAGUGAAACACAUUCAGUAAUUUUGUUUUAAGUUAUAUUUAAAAUGAAAUGAAUUAAAUUAUUUAAAGCCUACGCAGUGCUUAAUUCUAAUUUUAAACCAAAAUUGAAUUAAAUAUUUAAAACACAAUUUGAGAAGUAUUUCCUGCAAGGAAAGAAAAAGCCUUUAAAGUAGUCGAAGCCACAACCAGUUAACUUAAUAUUUAAACUCUGAUCAAUUUCAUUUUAAAUGAUAGGAAAAAUAUAUAUUCAUAUUUCUUUUUGUUUUGCAUUCUUAGGCACAGCGAAUUCCGUUACUUAAAUUAAUUCUAAAGAAAAUAUAUUAAAAACAAUUAAUUUAGCUACUUCGUAAAGUAAUUCGAUCCUGCGGCGUGUACUUAACGCACAUUUUGUAACCAUGUCUAACGCAAUUCGAAAUUGUAAUCGUUCAUCUUUUGUAUUCGUACAUAUUCGGCUAAGUGUAUUUAGUAAAUUGAGAGCAUGCCAAGCAUUCGGACAUAUUUUUGAGUGUAGGGCUCAGUAAAAUUAAUUUUAAAUGUAAACUGAAAAAAGUAAUGAUUAAGCGAAGGACACAUUUCAAUAGGAAACAGAAACUAAAGAGGAAGCCCAAUUCAAAAUUGCAAAAUGUGAAGAACUCAAUACACCAAUAAAUAUAUUUUUAUAUAAGCGAAUUAUAUAUACUCUACGUUUAGAUCUAGUCUAAAAUUUCACACAUUUCACCCGCAGAGCAAAAGUUAAUCAUCACUUGACACUUGUUUACAUUUGCAAUAAUCUGAUUUAGACUUGGAUUGUAAGCUUAAAGUAUAAUUAUCAUCGACGCGCUUUAAACACAAAUGAGAAACGUUUCCAUUAUAACAAUUCAUAUAUUAAUUUAAUAAAUACGUUUAUUGUUAGUAUCAAACUUAAUUACCAUAACUAAGCUUAUUGUUUGAUUAAUUCUAAAUUUAAUUACCUAAAUAUCUAAUUUAAUAUGUUGGCUUGAACAAUUUUUGUGCGUUGCGUUUAAAAGAGAUUUCAUUUAAAUACAAUACAGAAUAAACUGAA